AUGACCUCCGCCGAGGUCCCCGAGCUGAUAAGACCAGAGGUUCGGCGGCUAGGCGCGGAAGAAGUUCAAGAAUUGAGAAUCUUUGCCCCGGAAGCCCAGGAAAAUGUCGAGCCGGAGGAGAAGAGCGACGAGCCGCCCUCAAAAAUGCAGAAGCUCGAUGGGCCGAAGGGGUUGCCGCAAAAGAAAUAUUAUAGGCAACGCGCCCACUCCAACCCCCAUUCGGACCACGAUAUCGACUAUCCUCGGAACCCGGCCGAAAUGGACUGGCACAAAUACUACGGCGACUACUCCAAUGGCCGAAAAGUCGAAUUCGCGGACAUUGGUUGUGGCUACGGAGGUCUACUCUUCAAGCUGAGCCCCAUGUUUCCGGAAUCGCUGAUGCUGGGUAUUGAGCUGAGGGUGAAGAUUUCG